UUAAAAUAUAAAAUAACAAAUCAAAUAAUAAAUAAUAUAAAAAUCAGUAACGACUGGCUCCAUACAUACAAGUAUUUGGAGCCGUGGCGGUGGCACAAUACAACAAUAUGGCCGUACCUCCGCCACCUGGUGCUCUACAACAUUAUCAUGGUCAUACAUUUGGUAAAAAAACAUUUCAUAAACCAACAUAUUGUCAUCAUUGUAGUGACAUGUUAUGGGGUCUUAUACAACAAGGAUUUAUAUGUGAAGUAUGUAAUUUCGUAGUACAUGAUCGUUGUUUAAAAACAGUGGUAUCACCAUGUUCAAGUAUUGCAGCAAGUCUUAUUAAGAAUCCUGUAGCUCAUUGUUGGUCUGAACAAAUUCAUCAUAAAAAGAAAUUCUGUAAUGUAUGCCGAAAACGUUUGGAUGAUAGUUUAUCAAUACAUUGUGAAAUUUGUGAUUAUUUUGUACAUGUUGAAUGUCAAGAUUUUGCAGUGGCCGAUUGUAAAGAAAAUGCAACAUAUUUACCAGGAAAAGAAUUGUCCUGGGUUCGACAUGAACAUCAUUGGCGAGAGGGAAAUUUACCAACAAACUCAAAGUGUGCUGUUUGUAAGAAAACAUGUUGGGCAUCUGAAUGUCUUACUGGAUUUCGUUGCGAAUGGUGUGGGAUUACAUCACAUGCUAUAUGUCGAUGUAAUAUACCACCAGAAUGUACAUUUGGUAAUUUAGAACCAAUAUAUUUACCACCUCAUGCUGUUAGCAUUCCACGCACCGAAGUACCAAUGGAAGCUAUCAUUGGUGUACAAGUACGAAGAAAAGACACAAUGUCGCGUGAGUAUUCAUGCCUCAACGACAUGACGAUGACCAUGACACCAUCAUACAACAUAAUGAUGAUCAACAUUAUGAUGGAUGAUCAACAAGUAAAUGAAAAUGAUAAUGAUAAUAUUGAUCAUAAUACACAAAAUAAUAAUAAUAAUAAAUCAAUAUCAUCUAUAAUCAUUGAAUAUUUAUCAUUUGUAUUACCACGAAGCUGUCGUUAUAAAUAUCAAGCUCCAUACUCACCUCCAUAUUAUAGAGCAAGAAGCAUAUCUGAAGAGUUUACAACUGGUAGUGGUGGAGGAGGUGCUGGUCCAGGUAGUGGUGGUGGUAUUGGUAAUAGUGGAGGUGGGGGUGGUAGUACAACUACAAGUGGUAAUGUAAGUAAUGAAACACGUUAUCGUGAUAAUGAAGAUGUUAUAUUAUCACAACAUGUAUCACGUAGUGAUAAACAAAAAGAUAAACAACAAGAAGAGAGAGACGAAGAAAUAGUAAAAGUAUAUGAUGGUAAUAAUUCAUAUCGUAGAAGAAUAUUCCGCACAAUAAAUGUAUGCCGAACAGCACCAUUAGAACAUGUGUUGACAUUAGCAUUACGUGCAUUUCAUAUAACUAAAGAUCCAUCAGCAUUUUAUUUAACAGAUGUGUACGGUGGUGGUAGUGGUGGGGGUAAUGGUAGUGGUGGUAAUGAUAUAAAUAUAAAUAAUGAAAUACCAUUACAAGAUCCACAACCCAUAUUAUCAUUAAUAAAAAAAGAAAAUAAACGACCAGCAGUGUUCUUACGUUUUAAAGACAAAGAUAAUGAAUGUGGUGAAGUACGUGUGUAUCCUGGUAAAUUACAGGUGAAUACCACGCAACAGUCACAAUCGUAUUGUUGUAUAAAGGUAACGAGUGAUACAACAAUCACUGAUCUAAUCAAACAAUCAUUAAUUGAGUUUGGUUUAUCAUCGGACGGUUCGUCUUCCGAUCAAUAUCGUUUAAGUGAGAUAUUACUAGAUCGUGGUGUCAGUGAACGUGUGCUAUCGUAUAACGAACGACCAUGGGAGAUAAUGAAACAAUUAGGUAAAGAUUCUAUACGACAAAUGGAAUUAAUGAGAUUCUAUUUACAAUUAAAACAAGAUCCACAUGGUCCAAAUUUAGCAUUGUUUGUUGGUAAUCUACCACCUGGUUUAAGUGAACGUAACUAUGAAAUGAUGUUGUUAGAGUUCUUAGGUAAAGAGAAUAAAUUCACACAAAUUGGACCGAUUUAUUAUGAAUAUGGAUCAAUGGUGAUCAUUUAUGAGGAUUCAAAUAAAGCUGUACGUGCAUUGUACACAUUACGUGAAUCAAAAUAUGAAGAUAAACAUUUAUUAGUGAUGUUGUUACCGAAUAUUGAACCAAGUAUGGUACCAAAUAAUGUACAACCAUUAUUAGUGUUUGUAAAUGUUAAAAGUGGUGGUUGUCAAGGGUUAGAAUUGAUAUCGUCGUUUAGAAAACUAUUAAAUCCAUAUCAAGUGUUUGAUUUAGACAAUGGUGGACCAUUACCAGGUCUUUAUGUAUUUAGACAUAUUAAAAACUAUAAAAUAUUAGUAUGUGGUGGUGAUGGUACUAUUGGUUGGGUCUUACAAUGUCUGGAUAAUGUUGGACAAGAUUCUGAAUGCUCUUCACCAGCGUGUGCUAUUGUACCAUUGGGUACUGGAAAUGAUUUAGCUCGUGUUCUAAGAUGGGGUCCUGGUUAUACUGGUGGGGAAGACCCAUUAAAUUUAUUGCGUGAUGUCAUUGAUGCUGAAGAAAUACGUUUAGAUCGUUGGACAGUUGUCUUUCAUCCAGAAGAUAAAACUAUUGAUACAAGCACAAUUGAUAAUACUAGUACUGGUGGUGGGGGCGGUGGUGGUGCUAAUACUAAUUAUAACACAAGUAGUAGUGGUGGUGGUGCUAAUACUGGUAGUGGUGGUGGUAGUGUUCCUGGUAGUAAUAUGUUGACGAAACAAGUGAUUAACACCACUGUGACAACUGGUUCAACAAGUGAAGAUAAUUCACAAAUAUUUGUUAUGAAUAAUUAUUUUGGAAUUGGAAUUGAUGCAGAUCUAUGUUUGGAUUUCCAUAAUGCUCGAGAAGAGAAUCCAAAUAAAUUUAAUAGUCGAUUACAUAAUAAAAGUGUUUAUGUUAAAAUGGGCUUACGAAAAAUGGUUGGUAGAAAAAUGUGCAAAGACUUACAUAAAGAAAUACGUUUAGAAGUUGAUGGCAAAUUAGUGGAAUUACCACAAGUGGAAGGUAUCAUUAUAUUAAAUAUAUUAAGUUGGGGGUCUGGUGCGAAUCCUUGGGGACCAGAAAAAGAAGAUCACUUUAGUAAACCAAAUCAUUGGGAUGGUAUGUUGGAAGUUGUGGGUGUGACUGGUGUUGUACAUUUAGGACAAAUACAAUCUGGUUUUAGAUCUGCUUUGCGUAUUGCUCAAGGUGGUCACAUUAAAAUACAUCUACAUUCUGAUAUUCCUGUUCAAGUGGAUGGUGAACCAUGGGUUCAAAGUCCUGGUGAUGUAGUUGUACUUAAAUCUGCUUUAAAGGCCACAAUGCUGAAGAAAAAUAAAAUCAAACGUCGUUUAACUGAACCAAAUAUACAUCCCAGUAAUGGGGAUGGUGGAGGUAGUAAGACGAAUGCAGACGAGUGAUAUACUUUGUCUACCUCCUGUCGUACGAAUGCCAAUUCAAUACAGACUAGUAUUAAUACAAUUACUGCUACUAUUGCGACUAAUACCACGACUACUACCACGACCUCAUAUCGUUUAUCCAAUACCAAAACCAAAACCAAAAAACAUCAUCGUUUUCAUAAAUGUUUUCCAAAGUUAUUUUAAACAAAAUACUCACUUCGCUAUCAAUCAACUCCUAUCAUACUUCAAACUUUGUUGUUUACAUCCUUCAACCUUUAUUGUUAUUGUUUGUUAUUUG